AAAAAAGCAUUCAAAACGUGACAAAAUUCCCAUGAAAAAUGCUAGGGAAGAACCCUGUUUGAAAUCAAAAUGACUCAUGGCUUCCAAGAUACACUCUCUCAAGCAUUUGCUUCUACUCUUCCAAAUCACAUUAGCUGCCUCCCUUGAUAUCAUACCCAUAAACCAAUCCUUUACAGAAGGCAAUCUUCUAGUCUCCAAGGGAAAUAAUUUUGCAUUUGGGUUUUUUAGCCCUGGCAAUGCUACCAGUAAAUAUCUUGGAAUUUGGUUCCAUCAAGUUUCAAAACCAUCUGUUGUGUGGGUGGCAAACAGGAACAACCCUAUCACUGGCUCCUCGGGAAUUCUUUCGAUCAACCCAUGUGGGAAUCUCGUUCUGUAUAAUGAUCCUAACCGAAAAGUUCCACUUUGGUCUACAAAUAUUUCAGGGGAAGUAACUGAUUCUUGUGUGGUUCAACUCUUGGAUUCAGGAAACUUGGUUUUGCUCCGAGGCAGAAAUAAAAGAUUGGUGUGGCAAAGUUUUGAUCAUCCUACUGAUACCCUUCUACCUGGAAUGAGAAUUUCGCUAAAUCCGAAGACAGGUCUAGAGCGGAUCUUAACCUCAUGGAGAUCAGAAGAUGACCCAGGAACUGGAGACUACUCGAUUAAGUUCAAUCCAAGGGGGAUACCGCAAAUCUUUCUUUAUAAAGGCUCAAAUCCUCACUGGCGAUCCUCCCCUUGGCCAUGGAGGACUUUCUCAGAUUUAUACAACUACACUUAUGAAUUAGAUCAAGAGGAGUUAUACUUAUUAUACCAUAUCAAAGAUGCUUCUAUUAUCAUAAAAAUUACGAUUGAUGAUCAAGGAUUCAACAAGUGGCUAAGGUGGCAAAAGAGUGAUAAUCAAUGGAAGGAGUUCUGGUCUACACCUAAAUACAGGUGUGAUUUCUAUGCACAGUGCGGCGCUUACAGUAAGUGUGAUCCUAGCAAUCCUGAUAGAUAUGAGUGUUCUUGUUUACCUGGGUAUGAACCCAAAUCCCCAAGGGACUGGUAUCUAAGAGAUGCAUCAGGAGGAUGUGUCAGGAAGCGAUUAGAAUCUUCCUCAGUCUGUGGACAUGGAGAAGGGUUUGUGAAAGUUGAAAACGUCAAGUUUCCUGACACUUCAACUGCAGCUUUUGUGGGCAUGAAUAUGAGCCUUGUGGAGUGUGAACAGGAAUGCUUGAGGAAUUGUUCUUGCUCUGCAUAUACAAAUGUAGAAAUUGCUGGGAAAGAUAGUAGAUGUGUAGCAUGGUAUGGGGAACUAAUAGACACAGCAGAUCAUAUGGAUAACAAACAUAAUCUGUAUGUUCGUGUUGAUGCAACUGAAUUAGUUGCAAAUGCCAGAAAGUCAAGCUUUUUUCUCAGAAAGGGGCUAGACAUUCUAAUACUGUCCGUUGUUUUAGCAUGGCUCACCGUUAUCUUAUUUGCCUAUUUGUGGAUUAGGAGGAAGAAAAGUGUGACUAAGAACAAAUGGAAAAGAAAACUCUUUGAUCCUACCACUGAUUCAAUCAACUACAAAAAUACUCUGGUGGCAAGUGAGCUUGGUCGGAAUAGCCAUCCUCCUGACAUAGAAUUUUUUGAUCUCGGCACCAUAGUUGCUGCCACUAACAACUUCUCUCCAGCUAACAAACUUGGCCAGGGUGGCUUUGGUUCAGUUUAUAAGGGUCAGAUAUCUAAUGAACAGGAGAUUGCUGUAAAACGACUAUCUAAAAGUUCAGGGCAAGGAAUAGAAGAAUUUAAAAAUGAAGUUAUGUUGAUUGCAAAGCUUCAACAUAGGAAUCUAGUGAAACUUCUUGGAUGCUGUAUUCAGGGAGGAGAGCAAAUGUUAAUUUAUGAAUAUUUGCCAAACAAAAGUUUGGACUCAUUUCUUUUUGAUCAAACAAGAAAAUCAUUGCUUGAUUGGAGGAAACGCUUCAACAUAAUAAUAGGGAUUGCUCGUGGGAUCUUAUAUCUUCACCAAGACUCAAGGUUGAGAAUUAUUCAUAGGGAUUUAAAAUGUAGCAAUAUUCUAUUAGAUGAAGAGAUGAACCCAAAAAUUUCAGAUUUUGGCAUGGCUAGAAUAUUCAAAGCUGACCAAAUUCAAGAAAAGACAAACCGAGUUGUUGGAACAUAUGGGUAUAUGUCACCAGAGUAUGCAGUGUUUGGAAAGUUUUCAAUAAAAUCUGAUGUGUUUAGUUUUGGCAUCAUAUUGUUGGAGAUAGUGAGUGGCAAGAAGAGCACUGGGUUUUACCAAGAGGAUUCUUGCUUGAGCUUGAUAGGACAUAUGUGGAAGUUAUGGGAAGAGCAAAGAGUGUUGGAGAUGGUUGAUUCAUCACUAGAAGGAUCAUAUCCUCCCCAAGAAGCCCUGAGAUGCACUCAAAUUGGGCUCUUAUGUGUUACAGAAAAUGCUGUGGACAGACCAACUAUGUCAGAAGUUGUAGUGAUGUUGAGUAGCGAAACAGCUGCUCUUCCCUCUCCAAAACAACCUGCUUUCAUUUUCAGAACAUCUUGUAGCAAUGCUAUAUCUCUAGCAAUAGGGGAAGAGGAAGACUCAUCUUCCAUCAAUGAGGUUACAAUGGUUAGCUUUGUCACCCGCUAAAGAUUAUAAAUGUGUAUGUAAAUUGUAAUUAUAGACUCAAUCUAGUAGUCUAUUUGGGAAUUUCAGAAAAAUUCCUCCA